AUGUUCAAAGCCCUCAUGGGCGGGGGCCGGUCAUCCUCCGAUGCCCGAAGCACGACAAGCUCCAGCUCCAGGAGCACCCGUCGCAGAGCCGAUUCGACAAAAUCCUCCCAUAGUCGCAAAUCUUCACGGGGUGACGACCGUGAUCGUGGCUUGGAUGAAUUGUCUUACUCGCCCUCCGCUUCAGGCAGCAGACGUGCCGCGCCCAGUGUCGCCGGCGACUCUGUCGCAUCGACCUAUGUUACCGCCGAGCCCGAUUCGAUCGAAAGCCCCGAUCCUAUGAUUAUCGAGCGGACACCAAAACGCAGAGAUAGCGAUCGUGACAGCAAAAGCUCCCAUCGCCGCGCGAGAGAUCGAUCUGAAAGCAGAGAUCGCGAUAAGAGAAAGAGUCGCAGAGCGAGUGAGAGAGGGUUGGAUGAUGACUUGGAUAACGAGCGCGAGCGUCGCCAAUUUGGUGCCGAUGUGCCAUCAUCUGGAUCGCCUCAUCAUGGUGCCUCGCCAGAGACACAUGAUCCACAUAUUCAACAUCAGUUCCCUGGUCAGUUCCCGACCGAUGUAGCGCAACCUUAUUAUCCUCCUAAUAAUCCUGCAGGCGCGGCGGCAGACUACUACGGCGACCAAGGUCAAUCUGUUUCGGAACAGCCCGGUGUUCGACCUCACAAACCGCCUGUGAUUCCCAACAGCCAAGCUCACCUGAUGACAGCUUCCCCCUCUGUUAACCCCCCUCCAGAGCCCAGUACUAUGGGUCAGGUUGGUGCGGCCGCAGCUUACUUUGAUGAUGAAUUUACAGUCCCCGAGGCGACAGUACCAGCAAAGCCUACUUCAUCGAGACCGCCAAAGCCUGGGAAGAUUUCCUCCAAGCCAACCUCAUCAAGCGCUAUCCCUACUGCCGCUGCCGCUGCUGGCGUAGCUGGCGCAGCUGCUUAUGGACUUAGCGGAGGCUCGUCUUCUUACCAUGAGGAAUCCCAACAUUCGACUUCUGCGGUACAACAAUCAACCUCAUACUCGCAGUCAAACUCGUACCCGCAGCCGGCUGCCACAAGUACUAACAGGCCGCCUCAAUCUCAAUCUCAUUCUCAUUCUCAUUCUCAUUCUCAUGGCGUCGGCACUGGUGUUGGCGUUGCGGCUGCGGGCGCUGCAGCGGGGUACAUGCUUAGCCAUCAUGACCACCCGCCUUCCUCUAACCCCGAAGACAUAGCGCAUUACAAUUUCCACAACUAUGACCACCCAUCUCCUUCUCCUUCUGGUGCGCCUCCUUACACCACUGGCGCCAACAAUGCAAUGUUGCCCCCAAGACCCGCAGGCCCCAUGUCAAAGUUUGCAGACUUUUGGCGUGACCCGGAAGGCGUCGGUCGCUUCGAAGACUACACGGAAUCUAUUGGUCUCUGCAAGUAUUGUUUCGAACCCGGCACAAGCUCUGUUGACGCACCUCGCCAACAUCAUUAUCAUGGGCGCCGCCACUCUGCCGAUCGUUACAGCAGUAGUAGUGGCUCUCGUGUAGACAAGCUCAGCCGGUACCAACCAUCGGAAGAUGAAAGUCGUCGACGCAAGAGAUCUGGAAGGUCAAACAAGUCUACCUCUUGGCUUCCGGGAGUGCUAGCUGGAGGGCUCUUUGCAGGCAAAGAAUUCAAUGACUCCUACAGUGUUCGGUCUGGUCGUGUCGCUGAUGAGCGCGUCUCCUCUUACGAUGCUGAGACUGCCUCUAUGUCUGAUCGCAAAAGCUAUACUUCACGAGGUGUUGUUCGCCGGCCUAGAUCACCUCCACACGAUCACUACCAGUCUGACUCGAAGUAUUCUCGUCGUACGCGCUCUCGAUCUAGAUCCUCUUCAAGAUCUGGCCGCCACUCGUUCGUGAAGGAGGCCGCAUUGGGUGCCGCAGUUGGUGGUGCAGCACUGGCCGUGGCAAAAUCACACCAGCGAUCUCGCAGUCGCUCACCGGCUCGGGGUCAAAGGCGAAAGGAAUCUUCUUCCAGCGCAUCUUUCGUUGAUGUUUCUCGACCCUCUUCAAAGUCUGUUGGUGGAUUUACUUCUUUCUUUACUUCGUCUUCGGACAAUCGCAAGAAGAAGCGGAGUAAGCGCAGAGGCUUUUUCUCUUUCAACAGUUCGUCCUCAUCUUCGCUUGAUGCGGAUCUUGCUUUUGGAAGUGGUUUUUCGAAGAAAGCAAAAGCCAAGCUAUCGAAGAAGGAGGGAAAGAAGAAGAAGAACGAAGAUGUCAAUGCCGCGAUCUUGGGAUUGGGCGCAACAGCAACAGCUCUUGCUGCUUCAUCUCCUCAUGGUCGUAGUCGGAGUACUGGCCAGAUUCUCACUGCUAGAGAGUCCCGAUCCCGUCAUUCAAACUAUGCCUCCUCCGCCAAUGAAGAUGAGGAGUGGAUUGAUGCUGAAUCAGAAGAUCAAUCUUCCCAGAGUGUUAGCUCUGCUUUAGCAUUCGGUGCUAGUAGCACUGAUUCUGGAUCUGACUCAAGCCCUGGCGGUUGGAACUUUUUUGGCUUCAACAAGAAAAAGAAGAAGAGCAAGAAGGAAAAGAAAUCUUCCGCUGCCAAUGCUGCCCUUGCAGCUGGUGUCGGUGCUCUUGGUGGUGCUGCCAUAGCUUCUGUUGCCCGCGACCGUGAUAGCCGAGUCUCAAGCAGCACUGGAAGCCUUCAGCAAGUCUAUCCAAUGGCUACCGGUGACCCCGCUCGCUUUGAUGCCAUCAAGAUGUCUCCAUCUGUUCUUUCGAGAGACCAAACACCCCUCGUUCGUCCCGGACCCAUUCCUCUUCAACAACCUCAGCCUGUUACACCUGUUUCACAAGCCGUCUACACCACCCAAGGUGGCUUGCCCGGGUCUAUUCCUGCAUACAGCCCUGCUGAUAUUCCUCCUAUCUUUGCCAAUGAUCGUGAUCUGUACCGUCAGCAGGUUCAAGGCUCCCGAGAGCCCGCGUGGAUCCCCGAAGACCGUCGAGAAGACUUUCGCAAGCCCCGCCGCAGAGACUCUUCCCCCAUUUUCCCUGUUCAGGAGAGCUCCAUUUCUGGUCCCAAGCGUCGAUCCACAACCAAGGAUCUGGCCUCCGUCUCAUUCGCCUUGACAGAUGAACAAACCCGUCAGCAAGAUCGACGUGACAGAAAAUCGCGCGAUGACUUCUCAGAAGAGCCCGUGAAAUUGGUCGAUCGCGAAGAAGAGGAAGCGAGACAGGAGAAGUCCAGACGUGAAUUUGAGCGUCGUGAAUACGAGCGCCGGGAGUAUGAACGUCAGGAGUUUGAGCGUCAAGAAGCUGAGCGCCAAGAAGCUGAACGUCGAGAGACUGAGCGCCAAGAGCAACGCCGCAGAGAACGAGAUGAGGAAGAACGCCAUCGUUGCGAGGCUACUAAAGAAAAAGAUACGUAUUGGAAGGAUGCUGCUGAGGUUGUCGCCGCUGGCGCCCUCACCGGUGUUGCUGCUAGUACUGUUCUUUCCUCUAGCAAGUCCGAUGAUGCAACACCCUCCGACCGCAGUACAGAUCGUUAUAGCAAGAGCCGAGAGAAGCGUCGCAAGGAGCGAGAACAAGCUCGACAAGACAUGGAAUCAUCCGUUAUUGCUAAAUCUGACGUUCCUGUACCCGUUGAAGACGAUGCUCCAGCCGUGGAGCAUAAGGAAGACCGCAGCAGAAGUUCCUCACGCCGAGCCUCCCCCGUUUACGAAAACUAUGCAGACUUCUACGCACCAGAAGAGUUCAGACGUAGCCCCGAUCAGCACAAGGAUAUCGAAGAACCUACACACCAGCCUACGAUUGUUGAAAUCGUUCCCGCUAGCGAGCGCGAAGACCACCAGCCUGAGAAGCAACAAGACGAGCUCUUUUUUGGACCAGAACCGUAUGAAGAUCGUAACCUCCCUUGGGACGUACCCGGAUUGACGCUCACCAAACCUACCCCUGAUCACAGCGUUAAUGGCUCUGUAACUGGUACAACACCUACAGCUGGCCCUCCAGAUGUUAUCGUUGAAGGUCGCCAGCGAGAACUUGAACGCCACUCAGAACCUGAGCAACAACCCCAGCCCGAACCCGAGCCCGAGCCAGUGCGCGAAGCAGAACAGGAGUCCGAACCCGAAUGGAAGCCGCAAAGAUCCACGACUGGCUCUCGAGUCUCCUGGGGCCACGACAAAACCCAUGAAUACGAAGUUUUCUCCUCUUCUGAGCAUGAGCCGACUGAUUAUGAUAUUUCCCCACUGGAUGAUUCUAAUAAAGAUUUCGCCAUGACCCCACCUGACGACAAGUCUCGAGAUAUUACCAGCAACCGUGAUAUUGGAACUGAUAUCGAGUUUGCUGCCAUUGUCGCCGCUGGAACUGAAGCUGCUGGAUUCGAUCCUUCGGUCGUGAUCAAUGACCCCAAGUACCAUACCCGUACUUCUCCACCUGGCUCUGAAGAUGAAGGAACUUUCUCUCCUCGCUCUAAGUGGAUAGAGGACCAGGAUAAAUCUCAUGGAUUUGUCGAAGGCGAGAUUGAGAAUGACGAGUCAAACAAGUCUAGGGAUAUGCAGCCAUCCAUCGAGCAUGUCAUCGAAGCUGAGCCACUCUAUUCUGAGCCUGAAGCCAUCGAAAAGAACAUCGUAUCCCCCUCCGAACCCCGCGAACGAACCUCAAUUGCCCAGAGGGCGAUGGAAGAAUUAAAUGAAAAGCGUGUACGAUCUACUUCGCCCGAGAACGAUGUUCUCUCCAUGCCCGGUGGCUUUGAUACACCUGAAGACACUCGAGAAUUCUCGCAGUACCGUGACGAUUCUCGCUCCGUUUUCUCUGCUCCAGUUGAGAGAGAAAUUGAGACCCCGACAAAGUCUAAGAAAUCACGUCGUAGCGGGGAUGACUUAGAAUUUUUACGUGACGCCGCUGGUCCGGCUGCUGCCGCUGCCGCUGCCGCUAUUGCUGCCAAGAGCUUUGAUGUGAAUGAAGAUGAGGACGCGGACAAGAAGAAACAUCGAAAGCGCCGCUCCAAGCGUGACAGUGAUACAUUCUCCGUUGCUGAUGACAAUGAUGAUGCUCGUUCUGUUAUGACUUUUGAUGAUGAUGAUGAUGAUGAAAAAUCCGAGCGUCGCCGACGUCGCCACCACUCUUCUCGCGAUAGCGACUCCGUUUCCCUUCCUGGUGAUGAUGACGAAAAGUCUGAGCGUCGUCGACGUCGUCACCAUUCUUCUCGCGAUGACGAUUCCGUUUCUCUUCCUGGUGAUGAUGAUGAAAAGUCCGAACGCCGCAGGCGCCGUCAUCACUCUUCCCGUGAUAGCGAUAUACUCCCCGCAGACGAUGAUGCCAUGUCUGCAGUUACUGCCCCUGAAUAUGAAGACAAGUCCGAGCGCCGCAAGCAUCGCCAUCGCUCUUCCCGUGACAGUGUAUUCGAUGAUACUGCUUCAAUCACAUCUUCUCCUGCUAGAAUUGAUGAGCGAGAGAAGGAGAAGCGCCGAGGCAAAGAUGAGAAGGAAAAGGACAAGUCUGGUGGAAUUCUGCGCAGCCUCUUUGGCUCUCGGGUGUCAACAUCGGAAGAAAAGCGCCCAUCGUCUCGUACAUCGUCUCGAUCUUCGUCUGUAGACAAGCGUGCGUCUCGAGAGGCCGUUUCUGAAGCCGGCGUUGAUGAUGAGAAACGGCGACGGAAGAGACACUCUAGUCAUCGCAGCUCUAGCGGUGACAAGCUUGAUGAUUACGACUCCGACAAGGUAAGUGUGAAGAGCGAGGCGAAUCUGGAGGAGUACAGAUCGAAAAGACAAGAGAAGGAGGAGAAGCGCCGACAACGUUACGGAGACAUUGUCGAUUCGGGGAGACGUCGGGAUUCUGAGAAGGUAUAA